AUGUUUAUGUCACAUGACUAUUUCCUUCGUAAGAAAGAUGGCAGGCGCCCAAUUUACAACACAUGUGAUAAUGCUGAAAUAAUUGGCAUUACUAUGCAAAUUAUUAUUAGGGGAAAUAAAUCAGUGAAGAACUACAUAGAGAAUCUGAAGAAAGGGAGAACAAUGAUGUACCACGCCUCUGGGAUGAUAGUAGGGUGUGCUGGUAGUGGGAAAACGACAUCGUUAGAGAGACUGAAGGGAAUUGACGUGGCCGAAAUUCAACAAAAGACCAAAUCAACGAGAGGAAUUGACAUACAUACUGACAUCUUCGACGUGUCAACCACUAUCAAAGUUAACUCAUCAGACCAAAAUCAACACUUCAAAGUAACGUUUGAGGGAACCAGUCAAAGCCACAACGUUCCAAAACACCAAGUAGAAGAAACUGAUAAAAUGAAAAAUCAGGAUAUUGAAGAACCAGUAGUGAAAGAAAACCUUGCAGGGGAAGCAGACGGUGCGGAAGAGAUGACAAGGGACAACAUGAACAAUGAAGCUGGUUUGGCGAAAGGAAUCAAAGCUAAUACCUUGUCUGAAAGACCAUCUGAAGAAGUUGAUGAAAGUCAGUAUGUUGCUCAAGACUCUAAAAUAUCGGGUGUUUUACGCGUUACGAGAAAUGUUUCUGAUGAUCCUGGGAAAAGAAUCACUAUGCUGGAUUUUGCUGGACAGUGUGCGUAUUAUGCCUCUCACCAGAUUUUUCUGAGUCCCCGGGCGUUCUUUAUUCUGCUUCUCAAUAUGGAGAAGAAGUUUUAUGACCAGGUCGGAGAAGAAGUAUGUUGCCAAAAAGGCUCCGUCUUCAAAGAAUGGACACACAGAGAUUAUCUUACAUUUUGGGUGAAGUCUCUCCAUCAAUACAGCAGUGAUAAGGCCACUGUCCUUCCCGUUGGUACACAUGCUGAGGAUAAAUAA